AUGCGUCCCCGCGUACAAUCCGUUCAGAUCGGACUGGUGGGCUAUAUCGCCAUGCGACGUAGGAGACGUAGCGGCCGGCGCAAGCGACUGAGGAUGAGGGGCACUAUCCCCUCUAAACAGGCGGGCGCCAGCGCGGCAGGACAGGCUCUUCAGCAGAUGCAUCAGGCGCGUGCUGCUACCGAGGAGACCGCAGAGGACCCUCAUGCGCUUGACCUUUUGGAGGACGACGGUAGUGAUGCAGAAAUUGAGGACGAGGCAAACGAUGAGGAUUUGGAGGAGGAAGAUGACACCUUCGGCGGCCUGCCACAGAACCAGUUCAGUCCUGCAGAGCCUGGUAAAGAACCUGAAGUUGUAGUGGUGAUGGGCGAGUGCGACACUUUAAGGACUGUACCCUAUACCGAUAUAUUUAGCGCGGCUUCAUCUAGUUACAAGUUCUGGACGGCCCAUGCUGGAUCAGGCAGCGGCAGCAAACUUGUCUUUGCAGCUCCCUCUGAAGACGUCGUGAUGAUACGAUCCGGGAAAAACACACAGUUUUGCUUCAAAGUGUUCGACGAUGAAAAAGACGGCUUUGUUACGGUGUGGGUGCAAGUAGCCCUGAAGCCGGCAGACUCGCAGCCUUCCCCGAGCGGUGUGCACGUCGACAACGGGCUCGCUAUGCCUUUGUACAGCACUUUUUCGCUCUCAGCAUGUGAGCCGCCCAGCACGCGACGCACUGAUCAUCAUACUGGCAACGGCUGGUCCCGUGGGCGUGACACGCUCUGUAGUGCAGUAAUGCUGGCCGGGCCGGAAAAAAGAGCACCAUCCCAUGCCGAAAGCGUGCUCCAAGCGCCUGGCGCCUUGUGGCAUUUUUAG